AUGGAAUAUGGGAAUUAUCCUUAUGCAGCAACCAACACCAAGCCUGGUGAGAAGAAAUUACGUACCCAAAUGCGGGUCGGCUUUGCAAGGGACACGUCGGAAGAGGUGGUACAGGACUAUCUUCACACUGGUCUCCGUUCCCAGGGGCCCCGGGUAAGGGCGAAUCUACGGUAUGGGCGCAACACCGCAGCUUCUUCCGCUCUCAAGGCAGACAGUGUGAUCCAAGGGAGGCGUUUGAUCACCCAAUGGCGCGACAAGAGGUGCAAAGUGAUUGUGGGCGUGGAUGCUAAUGAGGAUGUCUCCUCAUACCAGGAUUCCUCUUUUCGCCAGCGACUUUGUAGCAUAGGAUUGGAGGAAGCAAUUCUACAACGUCAUCCAAGUCGAACUGCAGCAACCCAGCAUCGCAACAAACGUGGCAGACCCAUUGAUGGGGCUUUCGCAACUUCCGGAGUGGUGAUUAAAGCGGGUGGCUACUACAACUUUGAUGAUUUUUUUGCCUGUGAUCAUCGCGGUCUGUGGAUCGAUAUUGAUUUGGAACGGUCUCUUGGCAGCUACCAUCCGGAGAAGACACCAUAUAAGCCUCGGAAAUUAACAAUGCUUGACACUGCGGCUGUUCGACGCUAUCUCCGGCUGGUUCACCAAGGCUAUGACGUGUACUCCAUUCCAUCGCGGUUGGAGCAGCUUCAUAGACAACUAAGAUUAAACAUUGGGAUUAUGACUGAGAAAAUGGGACGUUAG